AAAAAUUAAAAAAAAAUAAAAUAAAAUUCGAAAAAUGAAAUAAAAACACUUGAAAAAAGCUACACACGCCACUCCUUUUGUAAUCUCCCGCGAUCUUUUUUUCUUUUUCAUUUCCGGCGAGCAUGACUCCACUGCUCUUCGCAUGAUGACCCGACCCCGACCCAGACCUGGUCAAAAGUCCAAUUCAGCUUCUACUACUAGUAGUAGCGGUGGAGGAACCGCCAUGAGAGUGAUUGUACCCUUACAAGGAGUGGUUCAAGGGAGAGGAGGUUUGUUUUUAGGCUCUGUAAUCCCCUGUGCACUCUUCUACUUUCUUCAGCUCUAUCUCAAAAGGUUCCGAAAUGACCCGGGUGACCCCAACGACCCCAGUUCUUCCUCUUCGCCGCCUAGAACGGGUUCUCCAGAUACGUCGCAAUCUAAUUUGGCGGAGCAGUUGACGGAGCUUUCUGGGUUCUCGCGGUCUUUGUCUCGGUCGCUAUUGUCACCGCGAAAUGCUGGGGGACCCGUUUCUGUGUCGACUCGAGUCAGUUCGAUUCUGAAGAGUGCUGAAUCGCCGUAUUACUUGGGCUUAAAGCGGGUUGAGGAUGACACGUAUCAUGAAGUCGGUAAUUCGGGUGGAAUUAUUCAGCUUGGUUUGGCUGAAAACAAGUUGUCAUUAGAUUUGGUUGAGGAUUGGCUUGACCAGAAUGCAAGAGAGGCGUUAGUGGGUGGAGGAGCAAAUUGUGAGCGAUCAAAUAGAAAGGGGAUUGCCAGUUACCAUGCUUUUGAUGGACUGAUGGAGUUGAAAGUGGCUGUUGCUGGGUUUAUGUCCCAAGUCAUGGAAAAAGAAAUUUCCUUCAAUCCUUCACAAAUAGUAUUAACAGCUGGUGCAUCUCCUGCAGUAGAGAUACUCAGCUUCUGCCUUGCAGACAGCGGGAAUGCAUUUCUUGUUCCAACACCUUAUCAUCCUAGUCUUGAUAGGGAUGUAAAAUGGCGAACUGGAGUAGACAUAAUCCCUGUUCCCUGCCGCAGUGCUGACAACUUCAGUGUAAGUAUUACUGCUCUAGAUCGAGCUUUCAACCAGGCUAGGAAGCGUGGUAUCAGAGUUCAUGGUAUUAUAAUAUCAAAUCCUGCAAGUCCUGUUGGCAAUCUAUUUAACCGGGAUACACUUUACAGCCUUCUGGACUUUGCUAGGGAGAAGAAGAUCCAUAUAGUCUCUAACGAAUUGCUAGUUGGGUCCACUUAUGGAAGUGAAGAAUUUGUGAGCAUGGCAGAUAUCAUUGAUGUAGAAGACCUUGACAGGGACAGAGUUCAUAUAGUAUAUGCUCUAUCAGAAGACCUUUCUCUUCCAGGUUUUAGGAUGGGAAUUAUUUACUCCUACAAUGAGAAUGUUCUGUCCGCUACUAGAAAAAUGGCUAGGUUCUCAUCUGUUUCAGCUCCAAUUCAGCAAUUGCUAGUUUCAAUGCUUACCGACACUAAAUUUGUUGACAAGUUCGUCAAGACUAAUAGGGAGAGACUUGGAAGAAUGUAUGUUGAGUUUGCAGGAGGAUUAAAACAGUUGGGCAUUGAGUGCACAAAAAGUAGUGGGGGUUUCUACUGUUGGGCUGACAUGAGUGGAUUAAUCAGCUCUUACAGUGAGAAAGGGGAGCUUGAACUUUGGGAUAAGUUGUUGAAUGUGGCUAAGCUCAAUGUAAUUCCUGGAUCUUCUUGUCACUGUAUUGAACCAGGAUGGUUCUGUUUCUGUCUUACUUUGUUGACUGAAAAAGAUAUCCCUGUAGUUAUGGAACGAAUUCUAAGAAUUUCCAAAACCUGUAAAAUUCAUACUUGAACUGCAAUUGGAUUAUUAUUUCAGUGUUAAA